AUGGAUGCUACCUCUAAUCGCAACAUGUCCAAUCCACUUUUGCUGCCGGAAAUCGUCGCGUCUGUCAUCGACAAUGUCCACCUGGUCCCAGAUAUCUUGAACUGUGCCUGUGUAAAUCGCAUGUGGAGCGUGGCAGCUUUGAAGAAACUAUACAGGGGCUCUCUAAAUGACAUGCAGUGCCGCACACCUGACAUUGGAUCACUAAAUUCCCUCUUUGUAGCAUCACGGGAGCGCUUCGCUCGAAACAUGAGCUUUGUGAAGCAUCUUCUCCUUUCUACAGACGCAAUCGCACUUGAUCAAAUCGGACGAACGAAAACUGCAUGCUACGAGAAGUGUCGCGCGUUGCGCCAUCGCAAAUAUGCGAAGCUCCUUUUGCGGCCGCAAGGAAGUGGUCUUACCAGCCUCGUCAUCCCUUUUGAGAUCAAGGGCCAAGAUUGGUCUAUCAUUUCCGACCUCCUUCUUACUCCCACCAUUGAGUAUCUAGCUAUUGAUAGAUCUUACUGUGGGCUGGUGAUGGACAGCCCCGGCUAUCUCCAAGAACCGAUCAUCCCUUCUUUCACAAACCUCAAAGCUCUCACAGUUUACAAACAAGAUGGUGGCUCAGAGAUCUAUGAGCUUUGCCAAUUGCUUCGAUGUUGCGAUUUGCAUCUCUUCCACCUUGAGGAAAGGGCUCAUAGCCGUGCUGGACGCAUGGAACAGACAGACCUUGCAGAAGUCCUGGGGUGCCUUCGACGACACCAAAAUCUCGAGGCCUUGGCGCUGUUCGUCCGCCAUUUUUCCUCACCCUUGGGAUCAAGAAAAGAAGAGGGGCAGGAAAACCCAUGGCCGAGGUUGAAGGCAUUGUACCUUGCGAUGCGGCCCCAAGAUUGGCUACAGCUAUUACCAAAGUUCAACGAUCUUCAAAUCCUCCGCCUGCAAGACGUCGGAUCCGGGUUCCCCACUAUCAACCAGAGUGUACUUCACAGAAUUGCAAAAUGCAGAAACUUACGGGUCGUCGACCUUGAUUUGCGUGAGGUUGACGAUGUAGAAGCACUCCUUGAUAUCGCGAAUUACUCCCCACUUUUGCAAAAGUUGCGUGUGAAGGACGAACGAUUGAGUAGGAAACAUUACCGGAGAGAAGACCUGUUUUUCGAUCUGCUGCGUGACCUGCCUCAACUGGAGUUCCUUGCUUUUGAUGCGAAAUUCGAGAUGGAUGGUGCAAAGCUUCGAGACCUUGCCCAGCAUUGCCCGCGAUUGGUCGUGCUUGACCUGCGGUACACUGAAUUGCACCUCUCACUCGCGGAAAUGAUCAAUUUGGAUCCACUCUUCCAGUUAGAGACCAUGACAUUUGCAAAAAUAUACUUCAAGGAUCCACCGCGCAUGCAAACUGACGCUAUCCAGAGCAUUGCAACAGAGUGGCGCAGGAUAUUCCCAAGGCUGCGAGGUGUGCGAUGUCUUACGGACCCUCCAUAUGGGAUGGAUGAUGAUUGGAGCGAUUGGGGCGAGGAGUCAGAGACAAAUAAUGGUAGUGCGAGUUCCGAUGACGACUCGUCAAUCAGUGACUUCGAGGCCAACUUUGACCGUCAGUAUCCUUUACGAAGAAAACUCUGGAGGGUCAUUGGUUAUGAAGAAGACCCGGAUAUUCACCACAAGAUUGCAUAUACGUGGCAGACCAAUCUGGAGAUCAAGACGAUUGGCUGGCCCGUGGUGCCUUUGGCAGCAUUUUCCGAUCCAGACACACACUCCACGACUGCUAAAAGCGACCAGUAA